CCACCCCCAAACCCAUCUUUCCACCCCUUAACCCAUCUUACCACCCCGAAACCCAUCUUGCCACCCCCAAACCCUUCUUACCACCCUCAAACCCAUCUUGCCACCCCCAAACCCAUCUUACCACACCCAAACCCAUCUUGCCACCCCCAAACCCAUCUUGCCACCCCCAAACCCAUCUUACCACCCUCAAACCCAUCUUGCCACUUCCAAACCCAUCUUGCCAACCCCAAACCCAUCUUGCCACCCCCAAACCCAUCUUACCACUCCCAAACCCUUCUUACCACCUCCAAACCCAUCUUACCACCCCCAAACCCAUCUUACCACCCCCAAACCCUUCUUACCACCCCCAAACCCUUCUUACCACCCACACACCCAUCUUGCCACCCCCAAACCCAUCUUACCACCCCCAAACCCAUCUUACCAACCCCAAACCCAUCUUACCACCCACACACCCAUCUUGCCACCCCCAAACCCAUCUUACCACCCCCAAACCCAUCUUGCCUCCCCCAAACCCAUCUUGCCACCCCCAAACACAUCUUGCCACCCCUAAACCCAUCUUGCCACCCAUCUUGUAGGCGGUGGCCGAACUGGUAGCGUACUGGGCCCACAUUCACCGCGUGAUGGGCGACGCGGGUUCGAAUCCCCACGCUACCACUCGGAUUUUUCAGUCACCGCCGAGUGGCUUAAAACUACCCACAUGCUGUCCUGAAGACCACCCAACAACCCGGACUCUAGAGGAAGCCGUCCAAGCGAAUCAAGAACGAGUUCCGGGGGGCAGCAUGAGCCAAUGCAAGAUGGCGCCACUAUAAACACUCGCCUGCGCCAGAACGGGCUGGGCCGACCAUCAUGCCCCACCUGGAAGAAGCCUUGGGCCGACCAUCAGCCUCACCAGGAAGAUGCCUACCGGCGCAACAGGCAACGACGUAAAAAAAAAAAAAAAAAAAAAAAAAAAUUACCACCCCCAAACCCAUCUUGCCACCCUCAAACCCAUCUUGCCACCCCCAAACCCAUCUUGCCAACACCAAACCCAUCUUACCACCCUCAAACCCAUCCUGCCACUCCCAAACCCAUCUUGCUACCCCCAAACCCAUCUUGCCACCCUCAAACUCAAACCCAUCUUGCCACCCCCAAACCCAUCUUGCUACCCUCAAACCCAUCUUGCCACUCCCAAACCCAUCUUACCACCCCCAAACCAAUCUUACCACCCCCAAACCCAUCUUGCCACCCCCAAACCCAUCUUACCACCCCCAAACCCAUCUUAUCACCCCCAAACCCAUCUUGCCACCCCCAAACCAAUCUUGCCACCCUCAAACCAAUCUUGCCACCCUCAAACCUAUCUUGCCACCCCCAAACCCAUCUUGCCACCCUGAAACCCAUCUUGCCACCCCAAACCCAUCUUACCACCCCCAAACCCCUCUUGCCUCCCCCAAACCCAUCUUGCCACCCCAAAACCCAUCUUACCACUCCCAAACCCAUCUUUCCACCCCCAAACCCAUCUUGCCACCCUCAAACCCAUCUUGCCACCCUCAAACCCAUCUUGCCACCCCCAAAUCCAUCUUGCCACCCUCAAACCCAUCUUGCCACCCCCAAACCCAUCUUAACACCCCCAAACCCAUCUUACCACCCUCAAACCCAUCUUGCCAAACCCAAACCCAUCUUGCCACCCCAAAACCCAGUUUGCCACUCCCAAACCCAUCUUACCACCCCCAAACCCAUCUUACCACCCCCAAACCCAUCUUGCCACCCCCAAACCCAUCUUAGCACUCCCAAACCCAUCUUACCAUCUUCAAACCCACCUUGCCACCCCGAAACCCAUCAUGCCACCCCCAAACCCAUCUUGCCACCCCUGUAACGGGCUUGUCGGGGGGCGUUUAAAGGGUGUUGAUUAAGACUUCAGCUUCCUUAAGGCGAAUUAUAUUCGUAGCCUUUAUGUACAAGAAGCGACGGAGCGAGAGCGACUGUCGUUGUGUGUCAGUCGGACUCUCGUGAAGGAGUGGCGAGUUACAGGUUGGAAAAUAAUUGUUACAAUUGGUCACGUAUGUCAAGGUGACCUCCACGCACCAUCGGAGUGCGAAGUAUACAAAACUGAGACGGUAGACACUGACGGACGACAUUCCUAUAAGGUGGCGUGAUCUAUCUGUCGUGGGUUUUUCCAUUGACAAUUGUAUGCCUAAUUCGUGGUGAUAUUAAAUAAUAAUAAUACAUUGAUAUCCUACUAUAACACCCCCAAACCCAUCUUGCCACCCUCAAACCUAUCUUGCUACCCCCAAACCCAUCUUGCCACCCUCAAACCCAUCUUGCCACCCCGAAACCCAUCUUACCACCCCCAAACCCAUCUUGCUACCCCCAAACCCAUCUUGCCACCCCCAAACCCAUCUUACCACUCCCAAACCCAUCUUGCCACCCCCAAACCCAUCUUGCCACCCUCAAACCCAUCUUGCCACCCUCAAACCCAUCUUGCCACCCCAAACCCAUCUUGCCACCCUCAAACCCAUCUUGCCACCCCCAAACCCAUCUUACCACCCCCAAACCCAUCUUACCACCCUCAAACCCAUCUUGCCAAACCCAAACCCAUCUUGCCACCCCCAAACCCAGUUUGCCACUCCCAAACCCAUCUUACCACCCCGAAACCCAUCUUACCACCCCCAAACCCAUCUUGCCACCCCCAAACCCAUCUUAGCACCCCCAAACCCAUCUUAUCAUCUUCAAACCCACCUUGCCACCCCGAAACCCAUCUUGCCACCCCCAAACCCAUCUUGCCACCCUCAAACCCAUCUUGCCACCCCCAAACCCAUCUUGCCACCCCCAAACACAUCUUACCACCCCCAAACACAUCUUACCACCCCCAAACCCAUCUUGCCACCCCUUAACCCAUCUUACCACCCACAGACCCAUCUUGCCACCCCCAAACCCUUCUUACCACCCUCAAACCCAUCUUGCCACCUCCAAACCCUUCUUACCACCCCGAAACCCAUCUUACCACCCUCAAACCCAUCUUGCCACCCCCAAACCCAUCUUACCACCCCCAAACCCAUCUUGCCACCCCCAAACCCAUCUUGCCACCCCCAAACCCAUCUUACCACUCCCAAACCCAUCUUGCCACCGCCAAACCCAUCUUGCCACCCUCAAACCCAUCUUGCCACCCCCAAACCCAUCUUGCCACCCCCAAACCCAUCUUGCCACCCUCAAACCCAUCUUGCCACCCCCAAACCCAUCUUGCCACCCUCAAACCCAUCUUGCCACCCCCAAAUCAAUCUUACCACCCCCAAACCCAUCUUACCACCCUCAAACCCAUCUUGCCAAACCCAAACCCAUCUUGCCACCCCCAAACCCAGUUUGCCACUCCCAAACCCAUCUUACCACUCCCAAACCCAUCUUACCACCCUCAAACCCAUCUUGCCACCCCCAAACCCAUCUUAGCACCCCCA